UUUUAUAACAUCAUAUGCUACAUGUUAUAAUGAGAUGGUUGGUUGGACUAGUAAGUAGGCUGGGGUUAGUUGGAAAAGGUUUUGAUUGAAUCCGAUUAUUAUAAAGGGCGCCAAACACAAAGGGAAGUCCGAGUCCAAGACUGACAGAUUCAGCUGGUAAAGAAAUAAUGAACCCCUGUUAGAUUUAGACAGUUUAUCAUUUACAUAGAUAGUGAAGGCCAGAGAAGCCACAAGCUCCAGCUGUCUGAGUCCUUGUCUUACACCCUGAAACAAUGGCGCUGAGACAAACGGGGCCCCAUGACCUCAACACAGUUGCUGGGGAGCCAACUCCAGGCAGCAAAACUGUCACAGAGCCUGCAGCCGUGCCCCAAAGUCGUACACCUCUCUGGAACCAGGGAAGUGAUGGGAAAACUGUCUCAUGGCAGCCUCCCGUAAGAUAGGGAGAGACAAUGAAGAGAUACAAACUUCUACUUAUAAAGUAAAUAAGUCAUCAGGGUGUGGAGUACAGCAUAGGGAAUACAGAGCCAAUAACAGUGUAAGAACCUUGUAUGAUGACACAUGGUAACUAAACCUUUCACUGAUUGUUUGGUAAUGUGUAUAGUUGUCGAAUUUGUACACCUGAAACUAAUCUCAUAUGUCAAUUAUAUUUCAAUUUAAAAAAAGGAUAAGAGGGACAGGUGAGAAAACACUCUUGUGAAGCCUCCUGUGAAGAUUGCCUAACUUGCCAUGGCCCCACGAUCACAAGGCGUCCCAUCCCGAUUUAGGUCCUGGGGGUCCAAGUUCUGCCUGUGGUCACGGGGAACCCUCCAGGGUGCUGUGGUGGAACCGUUCCCCUGCAAAGGGUCUUAAUGCUAGGCCAGAGGAUUUAGACUUCACCCUUCACCCUGCGGCCAUCAAAGUUUAAAGCAGGAGAGUGAUUCGAUUAUUUUUGUGUUGAGAUGUGUCUGACUAGAUUGCAGAGAUUAGACUGGGAAGUGAAAAAGACUGUAAACAGGAAGGCAGACUUAAGUAAAUGGAUGAGAGCUUAGGGGAAUGAAGUGGAGAGCACAAUCAAUAAUCAUUUUGAAUAAUCAGUUGAUGACCAGGAAAUGAAGGUCUCCUUGUGCAGUGAAUGUGACCAAGACACAUCAGACUGGAUCCUGCCCUCAAGAAAUGUACAGAUUCACAGGAAAGCAAAAACACAGCAUAAAUGGCUCUAGUGCACGUUUCAGUAACAUAUUAUGUGCUCUGGGUGGCAUUGUGGAGAGCCCAGAGGACAGAAAGUCAUUCCUAUACAGUAGGUGCUUUAUCGAUGUUGACAAUACAGCAUUGGAUAGGAUAAGCUUUAAGGCUUCUUAUGACUUAUUCUAGAAAAUCUGUGACAGACUGGUUUUGAGAGCCAAAAGCCUUAUUAACAAAGGUAUUAAUUCCUAUCACAGUAUAUGGAUUAGUUAGGAUCUAGUUGAGAAUAAGACAACAGAAUUAGAAUACAGGGAAAGCAGGAAAAAGUCACGAACGUUAAGCGUGGUAAGAGGUAAUAAGGAGACAGUUGGAGGGCUUUGGAUAUUGGGGGCAGGGCUAAAUUGCCAUACACCAGUGGAAAAAUAUUUUACGGGUCCUUACCUCCCACUUCCCACCACCAUAUUUUGGUAUUUCCAUUUCACCUUGUUCUUCUACCCGAGAGAGGUCAGUUGGCCCUCCGAGCUGCAGGAAAGAAUGACACAAAAACAAAGGCCAGGAAAGUAUUUUUUUGAGGUACAAAAACCCUAAUAGGAGGAUGUGAAUUCCCAAAGUCACAAAUAGGUGCGUUUUGUUUGGUAUCCACCCUGGGGGUUCUGUUGUGUGUCUGUGUUAUUUUGUGUUGUCUUGUUUCGAGGAGAAUACAUCUGAAUGCCUUUAGACUGGGCAGAUCUUUAUUUCACUACCGUCUUAUAUUGCAUUCUUUCUGACCUUUCCCUGCGAACUUAUAUUACCCACCCCUCCAGGUAUCUGAAUUUGGACUCCCGGCAUAUAUUGCAAAAUGGGUUUGGAAGAAUGCAUAAAAAUAUAGGAGCAUGGUGUUCCGGCCAAGUCUUUUAGCACCGUACAAGUCACUGGGACUUACUUGGACUGCAAGGAAAAGCAGAGUGCUCUGAAUUCUGUGCGUGUAUCUCUGCCACCUGGAGGAACAAGGACUGAAAAGAGAAAUUACGCUGAAGCUAGGAGAAUAGGAAAACAUUGCAUUUUGUGCACAUGGCAGGGAAUACCACUCUGUCCCUUUGCGAUUUGCCAAUGUUCCAGCUGACAGCCACCCCAGCAAGUGCCCUUGCAGAUGAGCCGGUGCACAUCCGAGUGACUGGCCUGCCCCCGUUGCAGCUGGUGACCCUAACAGCAUCUCUGAAGGAUGAGAAGGGGAACGUGUUCCGGUCCAAGGCCUUCUACAGGACAAACGAGGUUGGUGAGCUGGACCUAAUGAAGGCUCCUGCAUUUGGAGGCGACUACGUGGGGGUCCACCCGAUGGGUCUCUUCUGGUCUCUGAAGUGUCAGAAGGCUUUCAGGAGGCUGCUUAAGCAAGAUGUGAUGAACAGCCCCUUCUGGGUCACUCUGAACCUCUACGACACAGUCGGUCUCCAGGAUUUCAGCACAGAAGAGCCCAUAGCCAGCCAGGUGGUCCAGCGCUGGUUUUCGGCCCCUGGGGUACAGCGGGUGCAGGUCCGAGAAGGUCGGGUGCGGGGAGCCCUUUUUCUGCCUCCAGGGGAAGGUCCUUUCCCAGGAGUCAUUGAUUUGUUUGGGGGCCGAGGGGGUCUGGUUGAAUUUCGGGCCAGUCUUCUGGCUGCGCACGGCUUUGCUGUGUUGGCCUUAGCGUAUUUUGCCUACGAAGAUCUGCCCAAGUUACUGCAGGAGAUCGACCUGGAAUAUUUUGAGGAAGCCGCUAACUUGCUACUAGCUCAUCCCAAGGUCCAAACGCCAGGAAUUGGAGUGAUCUCCGUGAGCAAAGGUGCAGAGAUCGGGCUGGCCAUGGCCUGCUUCCUGAAGCAGGUGGUAGCCACCAUCUGCAUCAAUGGGACCACUGCCAUCUGUGAAUUUCCACUCUUGUACAAAGAUCUGGUGAUAGCACCCAUCCCCAUGUUUAUGGAGCGCUUGCAGUUUGACAUCUCCGGGGCUGUACGCCUCCUCCACUACAGGGGGGACCCCCGGGAUAAGGUGAAUCAGCGGAGCGUGCUUCCGGUUGAAAAGGCCCAGGGUUCGAUCCUCUUCAUUGUUGGAGAGAACGACGAAUGCAUGAAGAGCAGGGAGUACGCUGAGCAGGCUCUGCACCGGCUGCAGAACCAUGGCAGAAACAAUGGAAGGAUGCUGGUGUACCCGGGGGCGGGCCAUCUCAUCGAGCCACCCUACUCACCCCUGUGUUACGCUUCCCCAAACAUGAAACUUUCUUCGCCCCUGCUCUGGGGAGGGGAGCCCACUGCCCAUGCCGCAGCUCAGGAGCACUCCUGGGGAGAGAUCCUGAAAUUCUUCAGGCAACACCUUAUUCAAGCCAGAAGCAAACUCUGAGCCAGGGCUCAGGGUGACGAUGAAGUGGGGAGACAAAAAAACAAGACUAAGGCAGGGAUAGGAUGGGAAGAGGAGGUUCUCCUGACUUCUCUAGGUUCACAGUUCUCCUGAAUCAGUUGUUACGAAGUAGGGCAAAAAUCAAGGGCUAAUGGCACAAGAUCAGUAUCUGACAAAUUUGUAUGGAAUUUGAACUUUUUGUAAACUGAAUCUUAGUUUCUAUGCACCAGGGUACAUUGCUGUUUCAAAACUGUGAUGCCCUAGCAAAUUGAAUCAUCUUUUGUUUCCUAGGUAGGGAUACCUUGGACCCAGGGAUUGCCUAUCUAGAUUAAUUCCCUGGAACUUCCAAGUUACUUGUGGAAAAACAAGUCACUUCUGUUUAAAAUUGAGUUUCUGACAUUUGAUAUGAAAAGUUCU